GAUCCCAUUGGAGACACUUUGGAGAGCAAGAGCAGAGCAAGCUGAGAGCAGAUCGAUUUUGCACCGGCUCCCAGCAAGCAGCGUAACCCCGCACUCAAAGCCAACAAUGUUGCUCACGCUGCUCAAAGUGGCCGUGCUCCUCCUGAGUGUGGAUUGCGAACCGGCUGCCCAGAGAAAAGAAAAUAAACGUAAGGAGUUGACAUAUGGCCAUGAAAUAUGUACAUAUAAAGCUGAUAGUGGGUAUUGCAAAGCUGUAAACAAAAGAUACUACUACAACAUAUUCACACAGAAAUGUGAAGAAUUUAUCUACGGGGGAUGUGGUGGAAAUGAAAACAACUUUGAAACCAUGAAAGAAUGUCUGGCAAAGUGUAAAGUAAAAGAUCGAAGAAAUCCUUGUCAAAUGGAAGCUGAUGGUGGACCAUGUCGAGGGCUUUUUUAUCGGUAUUUCUAUAAUAAGUCAACAGAACAAUGUGAACAGUUUAUCUACGGGGGCUGUCUUGGAAACAAGAACAACUUUAGAACUGAAAAAGAUUGCUUAAUUGCAUGCCACAAACGAAAAGUUUUGACAUUUUCAGAUCUUCCAAAUCUCUGCAUGGACCCUGCAGUCAAGGGUGAUUGUAACAAAUCCAUAACUAAAUACUUCUACAAUAAUUCCACUGGCAACUGUGAGACCUUUAUUUACAGUGGAUGUGGAGGAAAUCUCAACAAUUUUAAAACCAAGCAGCUGUGUCGCAGGACCUGCAGAAAAGGAAGCAGAAGGCAAUAGCCCUGAAAAUUGCCAGAAAAUACAUGAAACAUUUAAACGCUAAAAGGAAUCUGAUUAUCACAGGAUGCCUUGCAAUCUCUUGGAAUUUAAUCUAUUCUUAACCCAUAACUGUCACACUGCACUUUUUAAACUCCUUUUUUUUGGAUUUGUUUCUUGUUUGCAAAAGUAGUGCUAAUCAGUGCAGUAACAUGUUAUCAUAUCACCAGCUAACAUCUGCAAAUUAGUAUCCACCAUAGGGGGGGGGUGGGGGGGGGGGUGCAGCCCUGUGGGCAACGUCAGAAAGAUGCAGUCACUGUUGAACCUGAGAAAGUCUUGCUGACAGGUGUCAUUGGUUAUGGCAAAUUGUUAGGAUCCUUGCAAUGGCAACUUUGUAAUGCUAAAUUGACACACCUAGAUGGAAACUGAGACUAUUCAACAAACUUCAUGUUCACUUCAGAUAGAACUUUCUUCAAACAAAAGUCAGACUUGUCUUCACACUCUGACAGUAUUCUUUACUAUGACCUUAUACAUUUCAUUACAAAUUCCAUUACCAUAUUGAUUGACCAGCAAAAAUGUUCUUAUCAAAUGCAGUAGUAUACAGGUAGCUGGUUAAUUCAGCUGGCUUGUUUAUAAUACAGUAAUGCCAAUAGCAUGGGUUCAGAAUGUUAGCUCAAGUCACCAUGGAGGUCCAACUUCUCAAACUUGACCCUUUUCCGAGGUGUGAUGACCCUCUGGUUAAACUCACCAUUUGCCUCUCUAAUGAGAGGGCAGCCCUGUGGUCCUCUGGAACUAUGGCAACUUUGUACCAAAUUUUACAUACCGUUCUGAUGUUUGGGAUUUAAUCAUUUGUUAGUGUAUUAAUACAGCCAGUCCCAUUUAGUUUAAUGAACAUGAGCAUGAAUACAUAUUGUUUGUAACCUCAUGUUUUUAUACUUCUUUGUAAAAACUGACUGCUUAUUUUAUUCUUACUUCUUACCUUAGCAAAUGACUUUUAAUAUAAUACAAAAUACUAAAGACCCGAUUCUUGCUGCUACUGUACACUGGAAACCUUUACAUUUAACAUUCAAGAUACUUUGCCUUUGCAGGUAGUCAGAGGUAUAACAGGCACUUCUCAGGACCAAAAAAAUGACAGAAGUAAAUAAUGUUUGGCUCUUACUGUCAUUAGCUGCUGCAUUAUCCAUGGCAAUGCCUCUGCCAAUCUGAGGUCACUUGCCAACCAACCUGCACACUCCUCUCAUACAGUAUAAUUGUCGAUUUUCCCCUUGAAUUGGUAUUCUUGUGAAUUUCCCUGAUGAGUACAAGACAAAAACCUUCAACAAAAUGUGUCUUUACUUCAGCAAUGGCAAGAAUUCUUUCGUAAUAUGAAUUUUAUAAGUGAAAAUGGGUUAGGGUACCGCUCUAUCAAAAUACACUGCUAUUAGAACAAGAGUUUCAGAUAAUUAGCUUGUGUGUGUCACAACACUUUGGAAUUAUACUAAUACCAUCUUUGAAAUAAAAUCAAAAUUGCAAUGUCAUUAAUGGGAUUAAGCAUGUUUGAUAUAAUUUAAUACAAUAUAGGAUACCACGGCAUUACACAUGAGUUCUGAAAGAAAAUGCGCAGCUUUGUAUUUCAAUCUGAAGGGUAAUUAUUCUUUUUAUGGCCAUUGUCAAGUAAUUAUUUUGUCACUGUGGCAAAAAUGCUAUUGUACAUCUGCCUCAAUUACAGUAUUGAUAUAGUAAAUCAGAAAAAGAAAUGCUCUGCUAUUGUAAUUAUAAAGUUUUUCAAUAAUCUGUGAA